AUGACUCGUACCGAUGCUGCCCCUCACUCUGUUGCCGAGCUGCAAAAAGACAAGCACUCGCACUCGCUCCCCGGUUCCUCCUCCGGUCCUAACAAAGCUGGCAACUCUGCUCCCUCCGGCGCUGCCAUCCUCGGCACUGAAAUCGGCGCUGAACGUGAUGCUCGUCGUGAACUAGCCGCCGCACGUCGCGAUGGAGAAGACAUUCCUGGUCUCGCCGACUCCAACCCUUCUUCCACAUCCGCUGCUACUCUAGGAUUCGGUCAGCUCAAUGGCGCUGAUCAAGGUAUCUCCACUCCUGGUCAAGAGAAGAGAGAUCAGAUGCAAACCGAACGCAAUGCAGAGUUCAACAAAGCUCAGCCAGAUUUGAGGAAGCUCGCUGCUAACAGCGCUGGUAGUGCAAGCAACACCACUCAGGGUGCCGAUGAGGAACAGUACAGGAGCAGUGGAAGCAGAAACCCUGAUGAGUUGUUGGAGACGGCAAGUAGAAGUACUGGUACUGAAAGUGGUACGGGUGCUGCUGGUAACGGUACUGGUGAGAUCGAGGUUGGACGAGAUGCUACUGCCACCGCCUAA